CUGUGAAACCGUUUUAUUAUCAAAACAAUUAUUGUUUAAAUAAUUAAAUAAUUCGCACAUUCGUUGCGACUUAUGAGGUCGAGUCCUGAGUAGAAGUACGCGGCUUUGAAGCAAAUUUGGACCUUGUGGCAAAAUGGUACAAUUUCAGGCUCUUUGGGGAAUGGAAAGAUUUACAUAGUAUGUAAUUGUAUGAAAAAUAUCACAAUGGCUUUAAAAAAUGCAAUUAUUACAUUUAGAUGAUUAAUAUAAUUAUAACAUUUCAUGACAAUGAAUAAUAAUACUUAUUUCAAUUGAUAUUUGACACUUGACGCAAUAUAUGUGCAUAUGUCCUCAAUGACCUGGUAGCUGCAACAAUUGCCUCCCCGGGUUAAUCGGGGCCUCGCAUGCAGAAGACGGACAGCGAGCCACUUGUAAAAUAUCCUAAAGAGGAGCGACUCCACUCGAGCAGGUCAAAGGGUGCAAACAUUCAGUCACCACAGGUGCACCACACAGCGAUACCACAAGCACUUGUUUACAGGUUGUGCUGUUCCUACGGAGACUUUUAAAAGCAUUUUUGUGUCCUUAUAAUUGUAUUUGUACUCUGAUGUGAUGCAGCUCAAUGGGUGGGAACCGGUGAGCAUACCAGUUUACACACACACACAAUCCCUCACAGCGUUGUGGGUUUUUCCGUCGGUUCUACCAGGUCCUCACUGUUCUCUGACUGUCUCCCAGACUGGCAGGGCCAUCAAGUUUGCCGUGGACCACGUCUUCGCCUCCUCCAACAGAGCCAGGCAGGUCAAAAAUCGCAUUGCCGUCGUGGUCACUGAUGGCAAAUCUCAGGACGACGUGGUGGAUGCCAGUGUGGAGGCCCGAGCUCAGGGCAUUACAGUGUUUGCUGUUGGAGUCGGCAGUGAGAUCACCACCUCAGAGCUGGUAUCCAUCGCCAACAGGCCGUCAUCUGCCUAAGUCCUGUACGCCGAAGAUUACACC